GUAUACCUAUUGAUCGAUAUUCGGAAUUACCAGAAGCUUCGAUAAAUGCAUCUACUGGAACCGAAGUAGGUGAUACAAAUGCCAAUGAUAAUAAACCACAAUCUUUAAUUACUGCUUUAUCCGACGAUGAGCCAGAAAAUUUCUCCAGUGACGAUGAAUUCACCAAUGAUUAA